GUUAUCACUAAUCGAUCUACCCGCACAAUGGCAUCCAGCUCUAUUCCACUCCCUCCACCAGCUCCCGACCCAGCCCCUUCGAUCGACCCUCUCUGGUCGUUCUACGCCAAAUGGGCCUCGGAGAACGGGUUCUUCAUCAAGCGCUCGCGGGUCAACUCGCGGAACGGGGAGCUGCGACAGGUCUACGCGCAAUGUGACCGGUCCGGCGCCCAUCGCUCACACCGGCCGGACGGAGCAAAAGAGAAGCCCUCGAGUCGACUAACAAACUGCCCCUUCAGUCUUGUCUUUUCGAUCUGGACGAGGACCAAGCUGUGGACCGCCCGGGUUCGGAAUCCCUAUCACAACCACGAGCCCGCGUUGCUGUCGUCCAUCCCCAGCUAUCGCGCCGCCAUGACGGCCCAGUUUGAGCAUGAGAUCGUGGAUCUGCUGCAGAAGGGGAUCCCGGCGCGUCAGAUCGUCUUGAUGCUGCAGUCUCGGCAUCACUUCGCGGUGAUCUCAAGAAGGAAUGUGUACGAGGUUAAGAGGCGGUUGAAGAUGGGUGCUACCGGAUUCAACGGGACGCCGUUGCAGCAAGAUACUCCGCAGCUCGCGCUUCCGGAGCCUGGGACCAUGCAGGCUAGCUUGCUGUAGUUGUGUCUUUCGUCGCCACUGCCACUGUCAUUUUUGUUGCUGUUGUUCUUUGAGCGAUCUCGUUGCGCAUGGUUUUGGUGGAGUUUCUUCUUGUCCUACUCAUUCGGAGCCGUUUGGCUGUGCGCAUGAACAAAUUACUUACUAUUCUGCGCUAUCCUCCCAAGUCUGCUUGGCUAGCUUGCUUCCAUAAUGUCUUUUCUUUCCCCCUAUUAAUAUGGCCAUUUCCAACUUGGCCGUUACCUAGAAAAUGAAAACUUCUUCAGUGUCG